GAUCCCCUUUUAAGCAGCAGAAGGAAGCUAAUCAAUGUCAAAAACAAUAGAAAUUCCACCUGGGUUUACAAAAACUUUGUGCAAAAGAAUGAGUAUUGAUGAUAGUUACAUGCAAGAUGAUAAGAGGAAAGUUGGGUCUGUUAAUGAACUUUCUGGUAAAAGGUGCAGUUUAAGAGAAAGAGUUGCCCCAAAUCUCUAUAUUCCUGUCCAGUUCCAGCCCCGUCCACGUACACCGGGUCGCCCUCGGAAACAGAGAUCUGAUGUGACAGCUUCACAACCUUCACGACGCAGACCUGGUCGCCCUCCGAAACAGAAUUCAGAUGAAAUGCCAGCCUCACAACCUUCACGGCGUCGCUCAGGUCGCCCUCGGAGAAAGAUAUCAGAUGCAGUUUCACCUCCUACACCACUAUCGGGGUCGUCCAGAGAAGUUCCAGUACAAGUUUCUGCAACUGCAAAUGCUCCGGAGCCAGUCACCCCACCUCCCGGGCUACCAUUGGGAUCAACCAGUCAUAGUCCUUUGGAAGUUCCCUUUAAUAGUGAGGAUGAGCAAAUAGAAACAAAGUUAAAGAUAAAUCCUUUAUUAAGACUGAAGAAACCCCCAAGGACAAAUCGUACGCCCGAGAUGCUUGAUGAAGAAUUGAAGAAAGUAAUUCUUAAAGUUCAGUAUAUAUUGGUGCAGAAGCUGCUUAUUUCUGGGAACGAUGACAUUGACUGUAUGGUUCAUCAGGCCAAUACUACCUUUACAUAUUUGAAAGGAUUUGGUGUUGAUUAUGGCUCCUUUUACAAAGACGUCACAGAGUACAUCGAACAUCGCUACAAUUUACGUGAUGCAGAGAGAGAAGAAACCUCGUUGUCCUUCUCGGUGUGGGGAGGAAAUUAUUUAAAUGCUAUGCGUACUGCAAAUGAUGUUGAUGAGGUUAUCGUUCGUACUCAUGGAGAACAUGAGAAGGUCAAAGAGAAAAUUGGAUCUUUGAAGAGGCACAUUGAAGUUCUGAAGCAAGAGCUAGAACGUAUGGAACACGAAGAUGAACGUCUGAAACGUGAUAUGAUAAAAUAUAAAGUAGCACAAGAAGUUGCAGAAGCCAAGAGACAAGAACUUGGCACACUGUUGGAGGUAGCUCAAGCAAAGCUAAGGGAGAUUAAGCAACGCAAGAAUGCAGCUCUCGCAGGGAUUGAAUCCACCACUCAACGCCUAGAGUCUACAUAUCGUUGA